AUGGAUACAUUACAGAUCAUCGGCCUCGUGAUAUUCUCUAUUGUUCUGUUCUCCAAGCAGUCGUUAUUAUUUAGCCUUCCCAUGCUCAACGGACCCAGCGUAAUGGUAUCGUCCGCAGAUAUCAAAACAUUAGUAGGCUCGCAAGAUAGCAAACUGGAUGUUGUUUCAGCCCACUUUGAUCUCUUGGAAUCUGACUAUAUGUUACUGGAUGCACAAAUUCGGGAAUCCCAUUUCCAUGAGGAAGUGGUCCGAGGGCCUUUCUCAAAACGACUGGGGACAUCGGCACUGCUCAUGUGGAAAGAGAUUCAGCAGUCAGUGGACCAGGUUUUUGGGUCUCAGCCAGGGACGUUGGAAACGCUUAGGGUCCAUGAUAGUAUAUGCCAAGUGGUUGCUCGUGUGGCUAGCUCUCAGCUUGUUGGGGAAAAGUUGUGUCACGAUGAGAGAUACCUCGAGAGUAUAAUUGGUUUCUCCAGGGCAGUUGCCAUGGGUUCCUUUGUCAUAAAGCUGUUCCCACCUUUUCUAAGGCCUCUUAUAGGCCGCGUGGUCUCGAUUCCAAACCACUGGUAUUAUCGAAAGAUAGCCCCUCGGGUUUUGCGUCUAAUCAGCAAUAAAAUACUACUUGCGCAGAAUGGGGACAUGGCGUCCAAAGAUCCGAGCGACUACCUCGAUUACCAAAUUGAACAUUCACUCAACUCAAAAGACACCAUUGAGCAAACACCACGUCAGAUUUCGCUUCGAUUAAUGGUUCUGAACUUCGCCACCAUCUUCCCUGCAUCUGCAAUGAUGACGAACGUGCUUCUAGACCUUGCAAGCCAGGAUCGAGGUGCAUCGUAUAUCCCUUCCCUCAGGGAGGAGAUCCACCGCGUCGGCGCAAUAGAAAACCAAGUGUGGAAUGAAAGAGCACUCGACAAACUGCACAGAAUGGACGGUGUUAUCAAGGAGAGUUUCCGGAUGUGUGGCCCUCUGUGCUAUGCACUUCCACGAAAAGUUCAGUCGCCAGAAGGGCUGCGACUUGAGAACAACUCAAAGCUCCCUCGGGGAACUCUUGUAGGAGUUCCGAUGUAUUCCAUUCACCAUGAUCCGUCUAUAUACCCAUCGCCGCACACGUAUGACGCUUCGCGCUUCUGUCCGGAUACGACAGAUCAAGAUCUCAAUAAAGGCUGUCAAAAACCGACAUCAACCAACUGCGACCAUUAUCUGGUAUUUGGAAAGGGGAAGCAUGCAUGUCCUGGACGAUUUUUUGCGACCAACAUGAUAAAGCUGGUCUUGGUCUAUCUGCUAUCGAACUAUGAGAUCGGCCUGGUUGAGGAACGACCUACUGUUAUUUCUGCGAGCAGUACGCAGCUUCUGCAUCCAGAUAAACUGCCACCGCAAUACCCUUCACAAGGAUACAAUGCCAAGCAGAUAGCCACUUACAACAAGACCAUGUUAGAUAUCACAAUGGCUCUUCACAUCCAGGCCUGUAAUAAAUGGGCUGGCUCGAGCUCGCGAUGCUGCUCUCAAGUUUAA